UCCGAGGCGCCGGCUCGAGCCCGGGUGUUCCCGCUUUCCCGGUCCGCUGCCCCGCUUUCCGGUCCGCUGCCCCCGCUUCGGCCCCCGCAGACAUGUCGGGUUUCAGCCCGGAACUUAUCGACUACCUGGAAGGGAAAAUCUCCUUUGAGGAGUUCGAGAGGCGGAGAGAAGAGAGAAAAACCCGGGAGAAGAAAGAAAAAGGAAAAUCAUCACCCAAAGAAAAACCAGAUUCAGAAGUCCCAUCCUCUUCAGGAAUUGACUCUGCCAAGUCCCAGGACAAAGAUGCCAAUGAAGGAGAAACAUCAGAUGGAGUGAGUAAGUCAGUUCACAAAGUCUUUGCUUCCAUGCUCGGAGAGACUGAAGAUGAUGAAGAGGAGGAGGAAGAGGAGGAGGAGGAGGAGGAAACAUCUGAGCAACCCACCGCAGGCGAUGUAUUUGUGUUGGAGAUGGUUCUCAACCGUGAAACCAAAAAAAUGAUGAAAGAGAAGAGGCCUCGAAGUAAACUGCCCAGAGCCCUGAGAGGUCUCAUGGGUGAAGCCAAUAUUCGCUUUGCUCGAGGAGAACAUGAAGAGGCGAUAUUGAUGUGCAUGGAAAUCAUAAGACAAGCUCCUUUGGCUUAUGAGCCAUUCUCUACACUUGCCAUGAUAUACGAGGACCAAGGUGACAUGGAGAAGUCACUGCAGUUUGAGUUGAUUGCUGCACAUUUAAACCCCAGCGACACAGAAGAGUGGGUUAGGCUGGCAGAAAUGUCUCUGGAACAAGACAAUAUCAAGCAGGCUAUUUUUUGCUAUACAAAAGCUCUUAAAUAUGAACCUACUAACGUUCGUUACCUGUGGGAGAGAUCAAGCCUGUAUGAACAGAUGGGUGAUCAUAAAAUGGCCAUGGAUGGCUAUAGGCGUAUUUUAAAUCUUUUGUCUCCAUCUGAUGGAGAACGUUUUAUGCAGUUGGCUAGAGAUAUGGCAAAGAGUUACUAUGAAGCCAAUGACAGUACUUCAGCUAUAAACAUAAUCGAGGAAGCCUUCUCCAAACACCAGGGCUUAGUCUCCAUGGAGGAUGUUAACAUCGCAGCUGAGUUAUAUAUCUCCAACAAGCAGUAUGACAAAGCUUUGGAGGUAAUUACAGAUUUUUCUGGAAUUGUCCUAGAGAAGGAAACUGUGGAAGAAGGCACCUCAGAAGAGAAUAAAGCUGCGGAGACCGUCACCUGCUCUAUACCUGAUAGUGUGCCCAUAGACAUCACGGUGAAGCUGAUGGUGUGCCUGGUGCAUCUCAACAUCCUCGAGCCACUCAAUCCUCUCUUGACAACGCUGGUGGAACAGAAUCCUGAAGAUAUGGGCGACCUCUACCUUGAUGUUGCUGAAGCUUUUCUGGAUGUUGGUGAAUAUAAUUCGGCGCUUCCCCUGCUCAGCGCGCUGGUCUGUUCUGAGAGGUACAACCUGGCAGUGGUUUGGCUCCGGCAUGCAGAAUGUUUAAAGGCCUUGGGCUACAUGGAACGGGCCGCUGAAAGCUACAGUAAGGUGGUUGACCUGGCCCCGCUCCAUCUCGAUGCAAGGAUCUCACUUUCUAUCCUGCAGCAGCAGCUAGGCCGUCCUGAGAAAGCUCUGGAAGCUCUGGAGCCCAUGUAUGACCCAGAUACUUUAGCCCAGGAUGCCAAUGCCGCACAGCAGGAACUGAAGCUGCUCCUUCACCGCUCCACGCUGCUGUUCUCACAAGGCAAGAUGUACGGCUACCUGGACACCUUGCUGACCAUGCUCGCCAUGCUUUUAAAGGUUGCGAUGAAUAGAGCCCAAGUUUGUUUGAUAUCCAGCUCCAAAUCUGGAGAAAGGCAUCUCUACCUUAUUAAAGUCUCAAGAGAUAAAAUCUCAGACAACAAUGAGCAAGAAACAUCCAAUUAUGAUGCGAAAGCAAUAUUUGCUGUACUCACAAGUGUCUUGCCAAAAGAUGACUGGUGGAACCUUCUCUUGAAGGCCAUAUACACCUUGAGUGACUUAUCCCGAUUCCAGGAAGCUGAGUUGCUUGUAGAUUCUUCACUGGAAUAUUACUCAUUUUAUGACGACAGACAAAAACGCAAAGAACUAGAAUACUUCGGUCUGUCUGCUGCAAUUCUGGACAAAAAUUUCAGAAAGGCAUAUGACUAUAUCAGGGUAAUGGUAAUGGAAAAUGUCAAUAAGCCCCAGCUGUGGAAUAUUUUCAAUCAAGUUACCAUGCACUCCCAAGAUGUAAGACAUCAUCGCUUCUGCCUCCGUCUGAUGCUGAAAAACCCGGAUAAUCAUGCUCUGUGCGUUCUGAAUGGACACAACGCAUUCGUGUCCGGGAGCUUCAAACAUGCUCUUGGACAGUAUGUACAAGCCUUCCGUGCCUACCCCAGUGAGCCCCUCUACAAUCUCUGCAUCGGCCUGACCUUCAUCCACAUGGCAUCGCAGAAGUAUGUGCUGAAGAGACACGCUCUGACUGUGCAGGGCUUUUCCUUCCUUAAUCGGUACCUGAGCAUACGUGGACCUUGCCAGGAAUCUUUCUACAAUCUGGGCCGCGGCCUUCACCAACUGGGACUGGCUCACCUUGCGAUCCACUAUUACCAGAAGGCUCUGGCACUCCCUCCACUCGUGGUAGAGGGCAUAGAGGUUGACCAGUUGGACCUCCGAAGAGAUAUUGCCUACAACAUGUCUCUCAUCUAUCAGGGCAGCGGGAACACUGCAAUGGCUCAAAAGCUUUUGUACACCUAUUGUGUCAUAUAACCGAGAAAGCUGCUGCGCGGACCAGUGUCUUCUGUGACACUAUUGUUCUUGAUGGUAAAAAUGGUGCUGACAUUACCGCUAGCUACCAGUAUAACCGCAGCUUUGAGGCGGGAGGUAUAGCUCAGCUGUGGAGUGCCUGUUUGUUUUGUAUGCACAAGGCCCUACAUUCAAGCCACAAGCCUUUGGAAACCCGAAACACUGCUUUUAUCUCUGGAAUAUAUACAGUGUUACCAUUCCUGUGAAGAUGUACAUAUUAUCCUGUUAUUUCCCCUUAGCAUUCUAUAAUAAAAUUAUUCCCAUGCAGAAAUGGA